GAGACGCGUCAUUGGCUGAGAUGGGCCGGAAAACUACAAUGACAUGCAGCAGCGAUGAGCGAGAAAGUUACAUUUCGUGCUGUUCGUACUCAACCUGCUUUGUCUCUUUGUGUCACAGUAAAGAAGUCUCUGUGUCACAUGAAACAAAAAACUGAGCCAGAAACGAAAACAAAUGAAUUACACAUUUUAUGUUUAUGUGAAAUAAAGCAUGUCAGUUUUACUUCUAUAUGUAUUUCUUCAUCACUCACUGCAUAUUUGGCUUUAAAUAUUGCAUGAAAGCUGCAACCGCCUCCUCCUUUCCUGGAGGUGGUCCAGGGUGUGUCCUUACUGCCUUUGCAGCAUAUAUUCCUUUUUGACUUGUGUUGCGGUGACAAACUCUGACAAACACUCAGACAGAAGCAAGAUGACCAGUCUCAGCGCUAAGGACAAGGACACAGUCAGAGCCUUCUGGGCUAAAGUUCCUGGGAAGGAGGAGCUGAUCGGUGCAGAUGUUCUGUCCAGUACUUUGAUGGUGUAUCCACAGGCCAACCCCUACUUCUCCCACUUUGACUUGAGCCCCGGCUCUGACCAGAUGAAGGAGGAAGGAAUGACCAUGAUGGAUGGAUUUGGUGAAGCUGUGGCUAAAAUGGACGACCUGACUCCAGGUCUGCUGAACCUCAGCCAGCUGCACGCCUUCACCCUGAGAGUGGACCCCGCCAACUUCAAGGCACUGAGUUUAGAUUCUCUCCCACAACCUUCUGGUGGUUUUAGCCAGAAUGUUCCCCAAGGAAUUCACCCCUGAGGUCCAUGUGUCUAUGGACAAGUUCUUAUCUCAUGUGUCCAACGCUCUGUCUGAGAAGCCUCAGACAGAGGCCUCAGCUGUCUCUGCUCAAUGAAUAAUAAAUACAUGAAUUCAGAAGUACAGUACAGUUGGGUUUGUGGUUCUUUUGUGAUUAGGACACAUCUAAGUACCGGUAAAUAAAAUAGAAUACGAAUCUGAGGAUGUUCCACUUUUCUGUUAUAUAAUACUAAAAUGAACAGACUAUUUUCUUCUGUUGCGUUGGAGUGUGGCUCAAAUAUCUGAAGUUUCUUA